AUUUUUCCUCGUAAAAAAAAGCGUCGUACAUGAAAUUAGAAAGUGUUAUCACCAUUACACCUCUUUUGACAGCCACCUCCUUAUUUCUCGAAUAACCAAAAACACCCCCUUCUUUCUGUUUCGCUAUAGACUCCUCUCUCUCUCUCUCUUUCCUCUUUCCUCUUUCCUUUCCAUACACACACACAGCCACUGACUCUCUCUCUCUCUCUCUCUCUUCGGCCUUUGCUCCUUUCUGUCCCAACUUCAUUUGAAGCCUUCUCAUACACGAACCCACCCGAUCGGGGGCUCAUUAUGCCAGAUCAUCUCGUCUUUUUCAUUCACGGCGUAGGACAACAAUACGAAACAUAUGGCAAUAUCCAACACCAUGUAUCUACAAUACAAAAGAAUACACAAGAAAUGUUAGAGGCAUUGUAUGAUGGGAAUACUACAGCGGCGGAAGAAAACGACGAUCAUGAUCGAACAGCAUCUUCUUCUUCUUCUUCAAGUACCACCAAGAUCCAAGUCGAAUUUGUCGUUAUAGAGUGGCACAGCAUAGUACACGCGUUGGUAGACGCAAAAAUGGAUCAAGCCACAUUGGAGAAUGUGCCCAAAGUGCGUCUAGCGACCAACCAAUGGCUUAUGGAUUGCAUGUACUAUUUUUCAAAGCCGUACGGACAAUUCAUUAUCGAUGCCAUUUGUCGUCAAUGCAACACGGCUUACCAUGACCAUGGUGAUCCUGAGCACGUCCACAUGAUUGGGUUCUCACUGGGUGGUGUGGCUGCGUACGACAUUUUAUCGAUGCAAUGGAAGAACAACAGUCUCGAUACUACUACUACUACUACUACUACUACAAAUGCUCCACCAACACAACAACAACAACAGCAGCAGCAGCAGCAGCAGCAUGAACCGUGCAUGUGUGCAACACCCAAUGUCUGUGUGCCCAAGCUGGACUUUGAGGUGGAACACUUGUUUACGUGUGGCAGUCCCAUUGCUGCGGCAUUGAUCUUCCGAGGAUUCGAUUACAUGCAUUACCGACCACCUCCACAUACACGUAUCCACAACAUUUUCCAUCCGUAUGAUCCGCUCGGGUACCGCCUGGAGACCAUGGCUCAUCCCGGCUUAUUUGCCGACAGGUUACCCGUGCGACUUGCGCGUGCUCCACCGCGUCACAGUCGAUUGCGGCUUCUGCCUCGUAUACCCAACCUCGGCAUCAAGGACUUUAUUACACAAUACUAUAUGAAAUUGACCUACGACGAAGAUACCAGUAGUAGUAGUAGUGAUGAUGAUGAUGACGACGAUCUCGACGACGAAAUACCAGCAACGACUACCAAGACCAUCCAUGACAACGACACUUGUGAACACAUUGUUGGAAAAGACAAACGUACAAUGUGUCGUCAAUUGGUAGUAGUGAAAGAACAAAACAACAAUGACAAUGGCCAAGAAGUAGAAGAAGCAGAAGAAGAACAGCAAGUGGAACCGAAAGAAUUCUAUCCGCGGAGGAUAGACUACAUGCUCAACGAAACGGUUAUCGACGCAUAUGCAUCUGAAUGGAUCAUUGCCAUCAAAAGUCACUUUCGCUACUGGGCCAAUCGGGACCUAGCAUUCCAUAUCGCAAAAAGCUUAUUAGAAAAGAAAAUAAAAGGACCCUACACGAGGAGCGGAUAUGCUUCUCAAUGAGGUAAACAGUCCGCAUUAUAUACAUAUAAUCCCAAAGCGGGUCUGCGCUGAAAGUGCAGGGACCAAGAAAGAAAGAACG